GGGGGGGGGGGGUGCGGAGGAGGAGAGUCUGAGCGGAACAACAUAAGACGCUGACAAACAGAGACAGAAAGGAGACAGCGAGGAGCACACGAGGACUUCAAACUAACUACAACCCACAGCAUCAAGCAGAUAUGAAGUCACUCUGCAGACACCACAUGUUACUUCUGCUUUUCCUGAGCACCUUGCCUUAUUUCAGCCACCUCUUCACCCAGGCUGCCUCCACUUCUCCCCCUGACACUCAAACACCAAUCUUAUUUCUGACCUCUAAAGACAACUCCUAUGAUGAUGACGAUGAAACUGAAAUCAUUCGUCCCCCUGUUAAAACCACCGUAGUGAACCAGGAGCCCCCGCAGCUCUGCCAGUACAACUCCUGUCUGGAGGAUCAGCCGUCAUGUGCUGUUGUUUCCCAGCAAACUGGCUGCCUUUGUCCUGGGCUGAGUGGGGCCUCUGAGCCACCUCAUGCUCCACGGAUUCACAGUCUGCUCCCAGUGAAGGAGGGGCCAGACAGAGGGAAGACUGAGGUACAGUGGUGUGCACCGUCCUCUGUUGUCUCUGGAUAUAGAGUGCUUAUUGAAGGGCAUACAGAAAAAAAACAGGAAUUUAAAGACACCAAGAGGAGAAGUAUAAUUGGAUACCUUGAAGUUGGGACUAAGGUGUGUGUGGAGGCGGUGAAUGGUGCAGGAUACAGCAGUCCCUCUGAGUUCUCCUGUAAACGCUAUGAGCCCCCAACAACUUCGGAUCACAAUCUGAUGGUAGGAGUUCUAGCAGGCGCAGUAAUCCUGUUUCUUCUCCUUAUCAUUGGAGUGAUAAUCAUCUGCAAAUAUCGAACCUGUCAAAAGAAAAAGAGAGAGUCGGAUGACGGACUAGGAAAUCCUUCUUACAGUGUAGGAGGAACCCUAUGAACUACAGAUAGUAGGACACAAAACAGGCAUUUUAUUAAAAUAAAAAUGUGGUUAACAAAUCAGUUUAUUAAAAUACAAUUAUGUUUCUGUUUCAGGAAACUGUGUGAUCUAGCUUAUUAACAGUGGAACAAUACUAAUCAAUUGUAUGGCUAUUUGAUAUUUGUCACUGGAGUAGAACAAUAGGUUAAUUUGCAGGCAAAUCAACCCAGGCAGGCACUGUUGUAGACUUCCUCCUCAUAUGUAUUUUUGUGCAUAGUAUUUUGGGGUUCCUUUUCAUUAAAUUAAACAUUUUCUGAAAAAUAA